AGUUUGUUUUCGGGCACGACGCUGCUUUUCGUCGUUGAGUCGUUUGCUGGCAGUACACUAUCUUUUGUUUUAUAAGUACCCUGUACCGUCGCUUACCUUCUGUGUAUCGCUGUCUCGUAGCUAGCCCCUCCCGGAGUCAACCCAAUCGGAAGACGAGUGCGUCGAAGAAACAUGAGGAAAACUGUUUUUUUACCAGUGAUAUCAUUUUGCGCUUGGCUGUGAGGGCUUUCAAGUGAACAAUUUAAUAUUGUCCCCACCUCUUCCUCGAGGAAGGGUGUGGAAAUGAAAAAUACGUGCUUUUGCCCGUUGGCAAGUGCUUGGUCAGUUGGCCACGCGAACCACUAGAUAUUACUUCGAAUGAUCGUUUGGAUUGGCAUGAUGCUUGAUACUCGUUUCCUUACUCACGGAUGCUUCAUCAAAACACCUCAGAUUCUGUGUUGAAUCUCAUCGGAACGCUCUGUCAGUAACAUCUGUCUGAGGCCUAUCAUCGAGCGUCGCUGCGGUCAUAGGUUACUGGCCGUGUGACACGACAGGGGAAGACAAAUGCAACUGGCGAGGCUGGGUUAUGUUCAGCCGAGUGUUUCUGAUAGGACAGAUAUCAGUCUAACUGUCCGAAAAAUGAGAGCACUGGUGUUUCUCGGCCAGCUUCGUCGCAGUAAUGUCGGUGGCUGCCGUUGCACUCGGUGACUGAGGCAACGGCAUCAAAGUUUUCAGUUUUUGCCUGUCGAUGACGUAAGCCUUUCAGAGUGGACGCAGCCUCUAGUAUUUUUUUUCUACUCUUCUAAUAGGUUUCAAUUCACGAGUAGUCUUUGUUUCUCUUCGCUGUUUCGUUGGCAGCCACUGCCGGCGACCCGCCUUGGAAGUAUCAACGUUCCGGAUUUGUGUUAAACACGCACGUUAGUUGGGUGUUGUUAAUCUAGUACUGAAUCCUUUUUUUCAUUGUGAAGUCCAAUUGCGUCUUACACGCAUGCCUGUACACAACAAUAUCAACAACACACUUAAACGCAUAUGUGCAGCUUCCUUCCCGGCCUCCGCUCUCGAGUUUUUUGUUGCUCUAAUUGCCCGCCUCUGCGGACGGUCAUCUAUGAGGGGUUACCCAGCUUUUAGUUUUUCCUGGACCCGUUGCAUGACUCUGCAAACUUCCUCAAGAAGGACAUCCUCGAGGAAAGGUGUUUUCGAUUCGGCGUGGACGCAUUUCCGUCUUGGGCUGUGCGUGUGUUCCGCCGCUGCCUUCCGCCAUCUUCUGAAUUUCGUCCAGCCCGUUUCCGUACAGGUCUGUUCAGCUGAUCUGUGUGUUGGUUGUUUUUGAGAGAGCCGUUUUUCUCACGGCUUCCGACAGACAGCCCCGCCGUCAGUGCCUCUGAGUCUCCGGCAAGAUGAUCAACCUCAGCGUUUUAGGCGCGAAUCCCUAUGUGCAGAAUCACCAUUUGCGGGUGAUUGGAGUUGCUAUCACGUUUUUUUCAAUCAUCAUAUCAAAUUUUCUCCUGGUAUACUUUGAGGCGAGCACUUCUGGAAUCACUUCUUCGUGGGGAAUUUUUUUCGUUCAGCCGGUCAAGGAUUGGCACACCUGGUGGAAUCCUGCGCAACAGACCAUCUGCGAAAUCGCUACCAACAGCACACUCCUGGAAGGCUAUGAGUGGAAAGAUGCCUACAAGACAACAUUCGCGGAUGUGGACGCGUCCACGCUGUGUAGCUCCGUUUUCAAACUCAUGAUCGUUGCCAUGGUGACUGGAUUCGUCAUGAUCGCCUGCCCCUGUGUGCUGGCAGUCCUCGUCACGUACUCGAAAAUGCAAGGCGAUCCUGAGUUUAACUCCCAUCCAUACUAUGCCCACUGCAAGUUUGCCAUGGGUAUCGUGAUGUCCUGUACUAUCAUCAUAAUAUUUUGCGCCGCUGGAUUCAUGGCUGUCUUCAACAUCACAAAUGUGGGGACCAAGCUCUCGUUUACGAUGAGGGAGGCUGGCCUGGUCACGAUCGCUAUGAGUCUCACACAAGGGCUCGUCGUCUUUGCAUAUCAGAGAGAUCGUGCACUACUCUCAACGAAAUUCGAAUUUGAGCGCCUUGAUUGGCGUCAAGUUGACGACACCAAGGAGGCUUAUCGAAAGCUCAUGCAGUAUGACAUGGAACGCCUUCAGGCGGCAAAGUUUGGAGGCCUACAAUCGCCGCAAGAAGUGGCGCGACAGAGUUUGAACGAGAAUUUAGAAGGCCACGACAAAUUCGUACUCCAACAUCUGAACCCUUGGUAGGACGCCUCUAUAAUACGGCGUUCAAAACAUACUACCCGCCAGAUUCGGCCCUCAUUUUGUUUCUAUUCCGGCUGUCUCGGACACCCAUAUAGGGAGCGCAGCUCGGUGGAGCGCGCACGUUCACGGCCUACAGGGCCGUGUGUACUUGUGUCCAGUGAAUGCGGCCGUGGGUAUUCCUGAGCUUUCGACACAUAGACAAAAUCGUUGUCCAACGGGGAAUGUCAACGCAGGGCCCCGUUAACACAAAACAAGUGGGCUCCGCGUUUGUAAAUAACUGGGUUCUGGUUUGGCCCCCCACAACAGGUAUCCAGGUGUUUGUCUGUCGCGCCAGGUUGACGGUUCAGGCCUGGCGUAGGCGGGCUUUCUUGUCACUAGAAAUCAUUUCAAAGUUAUCUGGAAAACUAAAAGUGCGCUGGCCGUAGGUUUUUUGAUAUCCAGAAGCAUCAUAUCUGGCGCUUUGGAGAAGCGUACGCCUCUCCAUCUCAGCCGUUCGUAGGGAUGCGGCUGGGCAGGAACGAUUCUUUAGCAGAUCUGAAGCUGCUAAACAGUGCUGGUGUGCAUCCUCUUUUCCUCUCAUCUCUAUGUCUUGCCAUCCCGCGUGGGCAUGUUCGUAACUCACUUCGUAUAUCAUGAAUGCCGCUUUUCGUCAUUUACCGACACUUUCAAGGACAGCCAUGCGUACCAGUGGGAUCAGGCGUGCAGGGGGACGAAAUUCGGGCUCCCUGGACGACAUGAGGGGUUCGCAUCAUAUGGCUACCAUAUAAACAUACUGCUUGGGUAGAUCCAGGCUCUUCUUAAUCUGGAAUAUAUGCACGUAUGACUGCAUGAGCUUCCUUCCCCUUCCUCCAGUCCGUCUGUGGCGGGGUACGGGUAGUUCGCUGAUGGAAGUGGUGACACAGCCGUUAGUAACGGCCGAAGCGUUACCACACAGAGCCGUUCUUUUGAAAUAUGUUCCGGCGAAGCAUCUGUGCCGCAUGACAGCGGCAAAAGACACGUUUGUAAUGCAUUAAGAACUUCGUAAAGUGACUGAACCUUUUAAUCAAGCUGUCAGAUAGAGCGACCAGCAGAGUACGCAGUAACUGCAGUGGCCAGAGCUGUUUGCAAUUACAGCUAUUGUCCCACGGCCCUCAACGCAGAAACCGUCACUGCACACCGUAUUCCAUUCAAGGGCCCUCGAGGAUGUGCCAACUGCGCUGUCAAGCAGCACUGCUGUCGUGCAUCCGCUUUUGCGCCUAAACACCAUCUUCGAUGAGCAUUUCGGCCAGCAGGGCUUACGUGCAGUGUAAGAUCAGUCUUCAACUUACAGCACAAUCUUGAACUCGCAGUAGAGUAGCCCGUGUUUCGAAGCCCAUAGAGUGCCCUCCCUCCUUCCGAAUCUUCAUUCCGGUCCACCAUGCGGGCCAGCUGAGCGAACAAGCCGGAGUAUUUAUUAUGUAAAGAUCAUCCACAAUUGUUAAUAGUUCAUUCGGCUGUCGCGUAACACGAAGUAGUUUCUCCUCGCUGCAGGACGGCCCACACCACAGCCCUGGAAUGCGUUUGAGUCGGCCAACGCCAGCAUCUGAACAAUUUAAUCAGGGCAGUUUCCAUGUCCAACAAGCGUCAUUUGUUGGAUGUUGCUACAUGGAACCUCUGGCAUCCACGAGCCGUAACACAUGCCCCUUGGUGAAUCGUGUUAAUCACUGUCGCAUCCGCGGACGGCAACGCCUUCAACCAGGAGGGCAAUCACGGCUAGCCCACGGUUUGUACGCGUAAUUCAACGGUUGUGACCUUGGAGCCGCGGACGGCUGCUGCGGGACGCAGAGGCGUGUUUCAACAACCGGCGUUGAGGUCGCCGCGACGCAGCAGAGCUGUUGCGGGGUCGCUUCCGGACGAGGUAGUGCCUCCAUUGUCACUUGACUUGGUCGCCUUCAUUUUGUCGACCAAUAGUCUGUCGUGAGGGCGAGACCAUAGGAAAGUUGGAGACGCUCCUGCAAUCGUCUUUGUAGGGAAAGGACGUGUUUCUCAGUAUAAAACCACAGAUCGACCACCGGUAUUCUCCUUACGGGCUCCACUGUUGCAGGCGCGAAGUAUCCGACGCUUCCGUUGCUUGGCAUUCUUUAGCCACUUUGAUGGUGCAUUGCGUGGACUGUGAUGAUUGAGUUGCCUCAUCUGCAUAGCAAUCAUUUAAGGUGUGUCCAUAAAUUUGUACACAUUGGGAGAACGAGGACGUCUCGAGGGUUGGAGAUAAGUGAGUGGUCAACGGCAAACGGGGCGCGUCGUGGCCAAUGGCGUGCCACUGCUGUCUGGAAGUGGUUUGUGUGUCGCAUUCGCAUCCAGUUCCUUGAGUAGUCGUUUUCUAUCUCCGUAUUUGUGAAGCGGUGUAGGGCUCUUUCCGAUUGCUCGGGAUGUGUUGUUGCGCUGAGCUUCAAGUGUGCUAGUUUCCUUCGCUGAUGAUGUCUGAGGCAGUUGAAGUUCAACUUCGCAUGACCAGUGGCCAACCGGACUGGCGGCA